AUGGAUACAACCCCUCGCUAUAACUUCAAGGACAUCAACACCCACGACCUCGAAGCAGCCAAACUCUUCGAAGUCAAGGGCUAUGUGGCCGUCAUCACAGGCGGAGGUAACGGCAUCGGCCUCAUGGCCGCGCAGGCCUUAGCAGCCAACGGCGCUCGAGUCUACAUCAUCGGCCGCAGGGAGGAGAUUCUCGACACCGUCGCAGAGAAGUACUCGUCCAACGGACAGAUCAUCCCACUCCCAAGGGACAUCUCCACCACAGAGGGCAUAAACGACCUCGCGAGCUCGCUCUCCACCGCCGAAGAAAAAGGCAUCAACAUCCUCAUCAACUGCACCGGCGUCACCAGCAAGCCCGCCGCAAAAGCCCAAUCCGGCACCAUCGACUUCACGGACCCGGACGCCGUCUCGCGCUGGAUGGUCCGCGACGGCCCAGAUGCGUGGCGCACCGCCUACGCCGGUAACGUCUGGGCGCACCAUUUCCUCACCGCCGCGCUGCUGCCGCUGCUGGACCGCGGGACCAAGGCGGCGCCGGGGCAUUCGAGCAUCGUGUUGAAUGUGGCGAGCUUGUCGGGGCUCACGAAGACGCACUCGCAGGGCCAGUUUGCGUAUUCGUCUAGCAAGGCGGCGUUGAUCCAUCUGACGAGAGAGUGGGCGCAUACGUUCCUGCCGCUGCGGAUUCGCGUUAAUUGUAUUGCGCCGGGGUUGUUUGAGAAUGUGGUGACCGUCGGUCGACCUGGGCAGAGUGAGAGGGCGAAGGUGGAGGAGGAGGCGGGGAGGCAAUUUCCGGCUGGCCGGACUGGACGGGAGCCCGAUAUUGGCGGCAUCGUUCUAUAUCUUUGCAGUCGAGCUGGAACUUAUAUUAAUGGGCAGAUCAUCAGUUUGGAUGGAGGUCAGUAUUCAAUUGUUGGUAUAAUCAACAUCAGCUCAUGCCUUCCAGGACUGCUUUUGAAAACACCAGCUGCUAUGUGA